CAGACGCGUAUCGACCACCUUUACUGUCAACUGUCAAUUGUCAUUUAAAUAUUGUCACUUGUCAUCUGGGGUCUGAAAUCUGCCAUUUGUUGAUACUGUGUGUGCAUAUUUAUAUUUUACGGAAUUACUCAUCCACUCAAAUAAUUUUGAGGAUAAUUGCUUCUAACAUUAAUCAAAGUGCUUGAGGUUCAUUAAAGUAAACCAUGGCAAAUAUCCCUGAGUGUCCACCCAGUUUGAAAAGUAUACAGCAUUACUUAAAAACAGCAACGGAACAUGACACAAGAGAUCCCGUUGUGGCUUAUUGGUGCAGGCUUCACGCUUUACAGGUGGGCCUCAAGCUCACUAGUAAAAAAACUCCAGAAGAAACAAAAGUUUUAAUGGCAUUAAUGGAUUGGUUGGAGGAAGUAAAAAAAACCCAUAAGGAUAAUGAAGCCAUAACAAAUGAGGUGGCAGCACAGGCUCAUCUUGAAAAUUAUGCCUUGAGAUUAUUUUUAUUUGCUGACAAACAAGAUCGUGAACAGAAUUAUAGCAAGAAUAUAGUGAAGGCUUUUUACACUGCGGGUAUGAUUUACGACGUACUGACAACAUUCGGCGAAUUAACAGAGGAGGCUGCUCAAAAUAGGAAAUAUGCCAAGUGGAAGGCGGCGUAUAUUCACAACUGCUUGAAAAAUGGAGAAACUCCAGUACCAGGCCCAAUGCAGUCCGAAGAAGAGGAACAAAGUGAAGGUGGUGCACCAAGCGAGGACCAAUCAGCUCCAGCGAACAUCCCUCAAGCUCCAGGGUUCUCCACUCCACCAGCGACACUUCCAGUUGUUCCGCCUAGCAGUUUCAACAAUUCCUUGCCAGACCCAAAUGCAGCUAUGAGAGCUGCUUCUCAGUUACCACCCGUCCCAUACACGCCCGAUCCGAAUCCGGGUGGCUUCGUGCCUUACGAUCCAUCUCUACAACCGCAAUCACCGCAGCCUUCCACACUCUACGGCGACAGCUCGUUGAAUCUACCGCAACUGACGCCAGAUCAAAUAGCGAAGGCCCAGAAGUAUUGCAAGUGGGCUGGAAGUGCUCUCAAUUAUGACGAUGUUAAAACGGCUAUCAAUAAUCUGAGGAGUGCCUUAGAGUUGCUUCAGACUGGACGUGAUCCUGCUUGAAAUAUUAGGUUUAAUGGAGCAUUGCUUUUAUAAAAUUAAGGGACUGCUUCACAGCGUUGAGUAAAUGCUACUUGUCAUGUAAAUGUCAAGCCGACUAAUUACAAGUCACUCGAAAUAAAAAGUAGUAAAAUGACUACUAUCUACAUUAACUGUUUCAUUCGAUAACUAUCAACAAAUUUACUUGAAACCUGUGAAGCAGGCCUUAAAUAUACAAUCCAUCUCAUAUAUGUGAACAUAUAUUAUUGCGCAUGUGCGACAUUACCACCGAAUGGAUGAAAUUUAUGGCAUCAUAUAAAAAUAUUGUGUAGUAAUUUAGACUACUACGUAAACUUUUCAAAUCGAAAAUUUCACUGCUUUCAAAGAAGUCGAUAAAUUUAUUUUUGUAGAGCCAUCCCUGUACUGUCAUAAAGUAGCAAUUAAAAAGCAUUUGUAACAAUUAUGACUUAAGUGACUUCCUUUUUCAGAUAUUAUUUAUUAUAAAAAAACAUGGAGACAAAAUUUACAAAAUCCACUAAAAUUCAAUUAACAUAUGUUUUUUUUAUCUUAUAUUGAUUUUUAUAAAAAAAAGUAUUGAAAUAUUUAAAUUUGAAUACCAAUAGUAUUUUUUUUUCAAAACUGUACGUUGAGGAUACUUUAUAUUGUGAUACUUCAAAAAUAGUAAAAAAGUUUUACGAUAAAUGUAUGUUUAUAAAAUUACAUCCCCAGGCACUAUAUCGCCUCGCAAUAAACUUAUUUUGAAACGGUUGAUAGAUUUUUCUGACAUACCGUACAAUGUAAUAUUUCGAUAUAAUAUUAAAACCUACAUAAAUAUACUACCUGUGAUUAAAACUAUACAUUUUAUUAGAAUAUGUUUGAGGCAUCGGCAUAAUAUUGUUACACUUAACAGAAUACCGGUUAACAUUCCCGUUAACAAUAUUUUACAGAAAUAAAUAUAUUUUGCGGAGAUAUGAUGUCUGUUAGAGAAACAUUUACCCAUCAGAGAUAAAAAGUUUAUUAAAAAUAUAUAAAGUCUAAGAGUUACAUAAUUUGAUUUUAUUAAUGGUGCACUUUCAGGGAUAGAAAAACAUUUAUACAAAUAUAAUUAUAUGUAUUGUAGUAUAGGCGUAAAAGAGCUUGGCUAUAUGCGUGAAAACUCAAAAAUAAUGUCGAAAGCGAUGCUUUAAGGACAAUUUGGUCAGUACCUACUCAAUUAAAAUGUAAAGGCAAAUUGGUUUAAAUAAAAUAUGAAAAUGUUCUUUUAUUAUAAAAACUUUAUACUGCAUAUGUAUAUAUGUUUGUUAAACUUGAAAUAAAUCAAUGCUUAUCAAA